AUGGAAGCUGAGAAAGGAUCUGCAAGUCAUCCUGAGCCAAGAGACACCUUCAAGAUUGCUUACAUAAUCCAUUUUUUGCUUGGUGCUGGCAAUUUGCUCCCGUGGAAUGCUUUCAUCACAGCUAUUGAUUACUUUGGCUAUCUCUAUCCGACCAAGCACAUUGAGAAGGUCUUUUCCGUAGCUUACAUGAGCUCUUCAGUGCUAGUUCUAGUGAUAGUCAUGAGUUCGGGUGGCUGGAGCAAGCAGCUAAGUUACAGAUUGAGAAUGAACAUGGGGUUUUGCAUGUUUAUACUCUCUCUAAUGGUGGCUCCAGUGAUAGACUGGUCUUGGAGCAGCAGUGGCCCAAAAGGGAGAUCAAAUGGAGCCUACUGUGUGACAGUUGCGUCAGUUGUGGUUUGUGGCAUCGCUGAUGGCUUGAUAGGAGGAAGUUUGAUAGGAGCAGCUGGAAAGCUUCCGAAACAGUACAUGCAGGCUGUUUUUGCAGGAACUGCCUCUUCAGGAGUUCUCAUUUCCAUCUUGAGGAUUAUAACAAAGGCAUCGCUCCCUCAGAGCCCUCAAGGUCUCCGAACAAGUGCUCACUUCUACUUUAUAGUUAGUGCCAUCAUUCUGCUGUUUUGCACUCUCUCUUGCAAUUUGUUAUACAAACUACCUGUUAUGGAGCAGCAUUACAAGCUUACUCCUGUUGAUUCAUUGUAUCCAAAGCCAAAAUUUCGGGCUGUAGCAAGAAAUAUCCGACGGCCAGCUUUUGGAAUUCUCAUGAUUUAUAUCGUAACCUUGUCGAUAUUUCCUGGUUUCAUAGCAGAAGAUCUCUCGUCCAAGUUACUAAAAGAUUGGUAUCCAGUUUUGCUGAUAACAAUCUACAAUGUUGCAGACUUCAUAGGGAAAUCUUUAACUGCAAUAUAUAUUCUAAAGAGCAUUAAGAAGGCAACAUGGGGUUGCAUUCUCAGGCUUGUGUUCUAUCCACUCUUCGCAGCCUGUCUCAAUGGACCCAAGUGGCUGAAAACAGAAGUACCGGUGGCAGUUCUAACUUUCAUGCUCGGAGUGACUAACGGAUAUCUGACAAGCGUUCUCAUGAUCCUAACUCCCAAGUCAGUAUCAGUUUCAGAAGCAGAGUUAUCUGCAAUUGUAAUGGUUGUGUUCCUAGGAAUAGGGUUAGUUGGUGGAUCGGUUAUUGGCUGGUUUUGGAUCAUUUGA